AUGCAGUUGAAAAUGAAUCCAUUGUUGGUUAUUUUCAUUUCCAGUCUUUUCUAUUUAUUCCAAUUCCAAGUGGUGAAUGCAAGAAGUUUAACAGGCUCUAAUACAUUAGUUCUUUAUGAUGAUAGAUUAAUUGAUUUAGAUGAUUAUUCUAAGUUCUUCGAAUCAUUAAAAGAUCGUUCGUUCCAAUUACAAUUCCAAGAUUUAUCAAGUAAACAAUCUCAAUUAGAUUCCAAUUGGAUUGAAAAAUACAAUAAUUUAAUCAUCUUCCCAAUUAAGGGGAAACAUAUUAAUAGACAAUUAUCAGUAGAUUCAUUAUUGAACUUCUAUGAAAAUAAAAUUGGUAAUAUCUUAACUAUGACUACUCCUGAUGGGGUACCUGAUUCUGUCCGUCUAUUUUUGAAUCAAUUAGGUAUAUAUCCAAGUCCAAAGGGUCAAGCAUUAACUGAUUAUUUCCAAGCAUCAUCCUCAUCCUCAUCCUCAUCUAACUUAGUCAUUCCAUCAUCUAAUCUCGCUUUAACUAACAAUUACAUUUAUCAAGAUUAUAAUGAACAAUUCCAAUUCGGUUCAAGAGUAUCAGUGGCUAUCCUUGAUAAUCGUGAUUUAAUAAUCCCAGUGUUAAGAUCCACAAGAACAUCAUUUGAUAAGGGUCCGAUGAAAACUUCAUGGUCCAAUGGAUCUCAAAAUUAUUUAAUUGUAUCAUUCCAAAAUUUACAGAAUAAUAGAUUAUCAUGGAUCGGUAGUAUUGAAUUUUUAAAUGAUUCAAAUUUUGAUAUGGAAAGUAAUGAAUCAUUGAUUAAAGAAUUGACAAAAUGGACAUUUAAUGAAAAAUCUAUAGUUAAGAUUGCCUCCUUGGGUCAUGCUCAUAGUAAUGGGAUUUCAUAUGAUGAUUUGAAAUAUAAAGUUAAUGACGAGAUUAUUUUCAAUUUGACAUUGACUGAAUGGGAUGACCAUCAACAAAAAUGGACACCAUUUUUAGCGGAUGAUAUUCAAUUGGAAUUGAAACAAGUGGAUCCAUAUUAUCGUUUGAAUUUAAAAAAGGAUGAAAUGGUUGUGUUUAAUGAUAAUGUUAGUGGUCAAUUGUAUAGUACGGGACCAUUUAAAUUACCAACUCGUCAUGGUGUUUUCACUUUUUCAGUGGAAUAUGAAAGAAGUGGUCUUUCAUUUUUUAAAGUGGAAGAUGUUAAAUCUAUUCGUCAUUUGGCAAAUGAUGAAUAUCCAAGAAGUUGGGAAAUUACCAACGCUUGGGUUUAUUUGACUUCAAUUUAUAGUGUUAUUGGUGCAUGGAUUAUUUUCAUCAUUACAUUCUUGACUACUUCUUCAUCAUCACCAUCUUCUUCUUCUGUUGCAUCUGCUUCUGCUCCUACUGUUGUUACCACUACCACCACUACUAAAGUAGAGAAGAAAGUGACAAAAAAAUUGACUAGCGGUUCGAAAGUUACAGAAACGAAGUAA